CCCAGAGUUGUCGAGACAGAAAGAAACGACGCUCGGAUAAUAACAGUACUACUACUGGUGUUCGUUCUUUGCAGACUUGUAACCGCGAAGAAAUAAUAAGUCCGUAUGAUUUGAUUCCGCCGGCCACCACAGAAACCGUUUCCGAUCGAUUGAUUCAGCCCUGAGAUGUCAUGACCAUUGUCAGGUUCCACCGCACCUCCGACGCCUUUUCUUUCUCUUCUUCUUCCGUCUCUCGCUUCACUCACGCUUCAGAUGCUUCAACAUGUGGUACCCCUGCUUGGAUUGGUAAAGGACUAACUUGUGUUUGCUUCAAGCGGAAGGGAAGCUAUGAACGAAUCUGCAUUAGCUUGACCCCUUUACAGGAGGAAAGACUGAGAAGAUUGAAGCACAGGAUGAAAGUUUACUUUGAUGCCUCCAGGCCAGAUCACCAGGAGGCUUUGAGAGCUCUGUGGUGUGCCACAUUCCCUGGUCAGGAACUCCGUGGUUUGAUAUCUGAUCAAUGGAAAGAAAUGGGGUGGCAAGGACGAGAUCCAUCCACUGACUUUAGAGGAGCUGGCUUCAUUUCCUUGGAGAACCUCCUGUUUUUUGCCAAGACAUUCUCAGUUUCUUCCUAUUAUAUGUUGCAGACUUCUUUUCAGCGACUAUUAAAGAAGCAAGGAGAAAGAGGAGCUUCAUGGGAGUAUCCCUUUGCCGUUGCUGGUGUAAAUAUCACGUUCAUGAUUAUGCAAAUGCUGGACCUUGAUGCCAUUAAACCCAGGUCUUUUGUCAGACCAAUCUUUCUGCAGAUGCUUUCAGAAAAUGAGUGGGCAUUUGACUUGCUUUACUGUGUGGCUUUUGUGGUUAUGGACAAACUAUGGCUGGAUAGAAAUGCUACAUAUAUGGAGUUUAACGAUAUUUUGAAAUGCACUCGGGUCCAGCUUGAGAAAGAAUUAUUGAUGGACGAUGUCCUUCGAAUUGAAGACAUGCCUUCUUACAGUCUUCUUUGUUGACACUUGACGGUGACAGAAAACCACCCUUCUGAUAUUUAGGAAAGCCUUAUCUCUCUAUAGUAAGUCGUAGUAUCUCACAACUUUUAUCAUAGCACUAAUGAUUGAACUUAUCAAGUGCUGAAGAUAUUUUCAUGGGAAUUCCUUUCUAAUUGAUUCAUUAGUUUUAGAGCUUGGUAUAUGUAAGGCCAUUUUUUUUUCCUUUUAUUAUCUUUCUUGUUCAUAUGUUGUUCUCUGAAAAAAGAAUAACUAAUGAAUCAUUGAACAACUAAAUGAUUGAUACUUUACAAAACA